AUGGCGGCCCUGCAGCUGGCCGCUCUCCUUGCCCUGCUGCUCGCGCUGUGGCGUCUCGUGUGGCGGCCGCGGGCCGUGGCGCGGUCGUUCGCGAGGCAGGGGGUCCGAGGGCCUCCCUACACGUUCCUGGCCGGGUCCUUGCCGGAGGCGAAGCGGCUGCUGAUCGCUGGCCGGAGAGGCGUGCCGCCCCUCGACGCCGGGUGCCACGACAUCAUGCCCAUCCUGCUACCUCAGUUCCAUAGAUGGGUCGCUGAUUAUGACAGAACGGGCCUGUAUCAGAAGGACUUCAUGAUCCCCGUGCUCAAAUCCCUCUUCGGCAAUGGCGUCAUAUUGAUAAACGGCGACGAUUGGAAGCGUCACCGGAAAGUAGUCCUUCCAGCUUUCAACCAUGAGAAGAUCAAGAGCAUGUCAGCGGUGACAGGAGAGGUCACAAGGCAGAUGAUACAGCAAUGGCGCGAGAAGAUACACCAAAGCAACAGCGACAAGAAAGCAGCUGACAUAGACAUGAUCCACGCCUUCAACGACCUGACCGCGAAGAUCAACGGCCGCGUCGCCUUCGGCACAAGCCACCAGGAUGUCGAGGAGGUCAUCGUCUUGAUGCGGGAGAUGCAAAAGAUCGCCACUGCCUCCACGCUGGAUGCUCCAAUACUCUGGUAUCUGCCGACUCAGCGUAACUUGCACGUUCGACGUCUGAACAAACAGCUGAGAAGCAAGAUCAUGUCGAUCAUGCAGGCACGGCUGGCCGCAGAUGGAGCCAAAUAUGGUCGAGGAGACACCGGCGGCUGCGGGGACGACCUGCUCGGGCUGCUGUUAGAGGCGUGGACGCCAAACCGGCAAGGGAGCGGCGGCGAUACAAUGACAACCGACGAGGUGAUUGAUGAGUGCAAGACCUUCUUCGCCGCAGGGCAGGAAACCACGGCCACCCUCCUCAUCUGGACCAUGUUCCUGCUUGCCGUGCACCCCCAGUGGCAGGACAAGGUCAGGGAAGAGGUCCUCAGGGAGUUCCCCGGUGGCGGCAGGGAUGGCGAUGAUGUGACACCCAACGCCGAUAUUCUCGCCAAACUGAAGCUGCUACACAUGGUAUUGCUCGAGACAUCGCGUCUCUACCCUCCGGUCGUGUACAUACAACGGAAGGCUGCCUCCGACACCGUCCUCGGAGGCAUCAAGGUACCCCAGGGAACAAUCAUAUCAAUCCCCAUCGGCAUGCUACACCGAGACAAGGAAGUUUGGGGACCAGGCGCCGACGAGUUCAACCCCAUGAGGUUCGAGCAGGGCGUCACAAAGGCUGCGAAAGACUCCAAGGCGCUCUUGACUUUCUCUCUAGGCCCGAGAGUAUGCACCGGUCAGAACUUUGGCAUCGUGCAAGUGCAGGUUGUCAUGGCGAUGAUCCUCAGCAACUUCUCCAUCUCCCUCUCCCCGGAGUAUGUUCACAAGCCAAAGUAUCUUCUGUCUUUGACACCCAGGCUUGGGAUGCCUCUCAUUUUGAGGAAUCUACUAUAG